CCGGGUCCGGGUGCAGACGGGCGACGCGCGGGCGGGAGCGAGGAUGCUGUCGGUUCCCGCCGAGGUGACCGGGAUCCUGCUGGACGUGGAGGGCACCACCACCCCCAUCGCCUUCGUCAAGGACACUUUAUUUACGUACGUCAAGGAGAAUGUGAAAGAGUACCUGCGAACCCACUGGGCGGAGGAAGAGUGUCAGCAGGAUGUCGCUCUCCUGAGGAAGCAGGCCGAAGAGGACGCCCAGCUGGACGGCGUCGUGUUAAUCCCCGGCGGGUCGGGGGAGGAAGCCGAUGGCCACGAGCGGAUGAUCCAGGCCGUCGUGGACAACGUCUACUGGCAGAUGGCUCUGGAUCGAAAGACCACGGCUCUCAAACAGAUCCAGGGGCACAUGUGGAGGGCGGCUUUCGCGAACGGGUGCGUCAAGUCAGAGUUCUUUGAGGACGUGGUGCCGGCCAUCAGAAAGUGGAGGGAAGCAGGAAUGAAGGUGUAUAUUUAUUCUUCGGGGAGCGUCGAGGCCCAGAAGCUCUUGUUCGGCUACUCUACGGAAGGAGAUAUCCUCACCCCUCCCUCUGCCUUCUCCCUCGCCUCCUCCCAGCUGGUGGACGGUCACUUCGAUACCAAGAUCGGGUCCAAGGUGGAGAGCGAGAGCUACAAGAAGAUCGCGACGAGCAUCGGCUGCUCCACCAACAAUAUCCUCUUUCUGACCGAUAUCCCGCGAGAGGCUCACGCCGCCGAAGAGGCCGACGUGCACGUGGCUGUGGUGGUGAGACCCGGCAACGCGGGCCUGACGGACGACGAGAAGUCUUACUACAGCCUGAUCGACUCCUUCAGCCAACUGGUCCUCCCCGCCUCCACCUAGAGCCCCGAGACCGGGCCGCCCCCCCCCGACCCUUCCUCCGUUUGCCCCCGUGAUGGUCAUCGCACAUUAAAAUGUCUUUACACGUUA